AGCUGGUUUCAGGGUUGAGUUAGGUGGUGAACGCGUCACAAAAGUGACGGUGGGUCGAUUGCACUUCAGUGAGACCACGAGCAAUAAUAUGCGGAAAAAAGGCAAACCAAAUCCUGACCAGAGGUACUUUCAUUUGGUCGUUGGUUUGCAUGCCCAUACCGCAGACCAGUCCAGCUACCAAGUGGUCGCUCAUGCAUCUGAACGAAUCAUCGUAAGGGCUAGCAACCCUGGACAAUUCGAAUCCGAAGGAAGUGGCGUUGGUGCCGAAGGAGGAUGGCAAAGAGGAGCAGCUCCUGAUAGCGUCUAUCAUGCAGGACGAGUCGGGAUAAACACAGACAGACCAGACGAGGCGUUCGUGGUUCAUGGGAAUGUCAAAGUUACGGGACACAUUGUACAGCCUAGUGAUGCCAGAGCUAAACAAAAUGUGCAAGAAAUCGACACUCGUGAGCAACUGCGAAACGUACAACAAUUACGAGUAGUGCGAUACCGUUAUGCUCCUGAGUUUGCACUUCAUUCUGGAUUGGGAAUCAAACCCCAGGAAGAUACAGGAGUGAUCGCUCAAGAAGUUCAACAAAUCUUGCCAGAGGCUGUCCUGCCGGCCGGAGACAUCGUCCUUCCUAAUGGUCAAAGAAUAGAGAACUUUCUGGUGGUCAAUAAAGAGAGGAUAUUUAUGGAAAAUGUAGGCGCGGUUAAAGAACUGUGCAAGGUGACUGAUAGUUUAGAAACUCGAAUAGAUCAGCUUGAGAGGAUUAACAAAAGAUUGGCCAAGCUGAAAAGAGGCGACAGUCUCAAAAGUUCUAUAAGUACUGUUUCCAGUAUUUCAAACAGUAAAUACGCAUCCAAUGCAAAGUCUGGCAUAUCUGAAAGAUCGAAGAGACCAGACAGAGACGAAGAAUUACUGUGCAGUAAUAAGUUUAUUCAAAUCAUCAUCGUCGUUCUCAUCCUCAUAAUGGCCUUCUGCUUAGUGGCAAUGGCGACGCUGUAUUUCCUAGAAUACCAAAAGCGGAGUAACUUGGAAUGGUCAGCUGUAGCGGGUGGCGGAAUGUUGGCCAUAGGAUCUGCUCACGUCCCAAUUGCACCAACUACUCCCGAUUAUGAUCCUCGGUUUAAUCCGCUGCUCCAUAGUACAUUACCACCGCGUUAUACACGUCUCGGGACAUAUUCCAGUGAAUCGGAUGGAUACCCUGCUAAGAAAAAUGACAUUCUCUCCACGCAAUCGCCGAAUACGAAACAACAAUUGUAUUCUCAUGAGAUAACGUGGUAUCCUGUCCAGCACUCGGGUCCUCAGUCGAAACUUGACAAAAAUAGUGAGUUCCCGAACAAUUGGUUGAGCAGAAACAGCGCGGGGGUUGUACCGAGUAACGUAGAUGAAAACGAUCAAGGAUCUGAUGUAGACGCUCUACCUCCUAAUAAAGGUCCAAUUCCUUUGGGGAGGCCAGAUGAUUGCCCAACACAUUUCACAGAGCUGGAAAGUCCUUGUCAAAUAUACUGUUGUACAACUGAUAUACAUCAAUUGGAAGAUCAUCCUGAUCACCCUCCGGAGAAGAAGUCUUUGUUAGAUCAUCUGGAACAACCAUUAAAUGUCCACGAUGAAAAACGUAAAUUAAGCAAGGGCUUCCAAAACGGAAUUAGUCCAUCUGAUCCCAGUAUACAGACUCUAGUAAAAGAGACAAAUUACAAAUACUUACAUAAAAGAACAAGAAGAGAAGCUAGUGGCAGUGCCGAUUGGGGUGAAGUCGCCAGCAAUGCUGCAGGCUCGCUGUCUCCAGAACCAAGACCACAAUUAUACAUUGGAACAAGAAAUUUCAAUGCAUCAUUAGACCAAAGAUAUUGUUCGCUGACAUCACCAAAUAUCCCGAACAACUUUACAUGUAUUAUACCUUUGUCGAAACACAUGCCUGAUACGCAACUUACAUUACAUUUCACUGGGUUGCCGUGGUACUGGCAGACUGUACAGCAAUGUCCUAUGCCUCCCAAUGCAGCUGCCGAUGAAUCUAUGUUGUGUGGAUGGGCUUACACUACGCAGCAACAAAUUCAUCGUAUGCAAAAUACUAAUACACCCGGCGCCCAAUCCUUUUCACUAGAUGUUGCUCAUUACUUGAGAAGAACGUUAAGGUUUCGGGUGCCCGUCGUGCAGCCGCAAGAGAAUAUCUGCAAAAACAGACACGGCGACGAUUACUUGGAAUUUACUCUGCAUUUUUACCGAGAUUGCGACGAAUAAGAAUACACUUGACAAUUUGUACGUACCUAUUGCGCCUUGUAAGAAAUCGACACGUAUCCAACAGAAAUAUUUAAGUGUAUGCAAAUCAUAACCGUUUUUCUGUAUCGAAUAACGAAUCCAAUGUGCCUUCGAAAGGUGUUAACAUUUCUUUCUGUCAACGACGAACCACUACUUGACAUAUAUUAUAUAACUUGGAUCUGAAUUCUAAAUAAAUCGGAUAUUUUGUA